CGAAAAACGCCGUCAGGACUCACUGGCCCCCUCUGAAUGGUCCAUCUCGUCUUGUGCCCCCCUUCCCACCCACCCCCCCUUCUCCCCUCUCCUCUCCAGGUUCCCUAACCUGCAAGGUCACGAUUUUAUGUUCGCGGUGUGCUGUCCCGUUGCUAGCAGCCCGUCGCUCGGAAGACUGCGCCAACUGCGUUUAGACUCCAAGGUGGUCCUAGUCCCCGCUUUCAUCGCUGUGCUAUCUUGCUGUUGAUUAUACAAGGAAACUACAAAAAUGUCGGGCCGCGCCUUCGCCUUCGCCUGUCCUCCUUCACUCCUUCUCUGUCACGCCGGUACUUCGGCUCUUGCACCUUCACCACACCCUGCCCUCCCGGACCAGUGUGCCCCAGUUACAGAGUCCUUGGAACCUAUGGCCUUUGCAUACUUGCAAUCGGUUGGGCGUCUUCCUUCUUCUAUGCCUUGAGCCUCCCAAUACUAUUUGCAUCAAUAUUCACUCUUUCCUCAUGUUUCGUCUUUCCAGGCACCAAGCGAGACAACUCGCCUCGCCCCUGCUGAGGGCCCCACAGCGUGCGUCAUGUCGAGCACAGUCAAGCACAGCAGAGGCCAUCAAAGCAAAGCCUCAACCAAAAUCCAUCUGGACUUCGGGCAGGGUUUUCCUUCUGCUGGCUGGAACCGGUCUACUGGCUUAUGGAUAUGGCAUCAGUAACGCGCCUGCUUGGUCCCAUCACCUGCCAGGGACGAAAUUCGUCUGGUCACAAUCUACAAAACCUCACUAUGCGUCCAAGGCGGACAUGGAGAAAGCAAUCGAAGAGCUUAGAUCCGCCCUUGGAGACGAAGCUAUCAGCACAGAUGACAGCGAUUUAGAGAUUCACGGCAGGUCUGACUGGUCGUCCAUCAAUAUCGACGAGCUUCCCGUGGCCGUGGCGUAUCCCAAAUCUACCGAGGAAGUCUCCCAGAUUGCAAAAGUGUGCCACAAAUACAAGGUGCCUAUGAUCCCCUGCUCGGGCCGCACAAGUUUGGAGGCAAACUACUCUGCCCCCUAUGGCGGCAUUAGCAUCGACUUCCGCGAUAUGAAUAAGCUUAUAGCCUUGCAUGAGGACGAUAUGGAUGUCGUAGUCCAGCCUGCCCUAGGUUGGAUGGAUCUAAACCAUCAGAUCAAAGACUCCGGACUGUUUUUCCCGGUUGAUCCUGCCCCAACCGCCCAGAUUGGCGGAAUGGUCGGAACGAGCUGCAGUGGCACCAAUGCAGUAAGAUACGGCACUAUGAAGGACUGGGUUAUCAAUCUCACCGUGGUUCUUGCUGAUGGCAGAGUCAUCAAGACCCGACGGCGUCCACGUAAAACUGCUGCUGGAUAUAAUUUGACGAACCUCUUCAUUGGUUCAGAAGGCACAUUAGGCAUCGUCACCGAAAUCACACUCAAACUUGCAGUGAUUCCCCAGGAGACCAGCGUAGCUGUUGUCACAUUUCCAACUAUCCGUGAUGCUGCCGCUGCAGCCUCCAAGGUACUCCGUGCAGGCAUCCCUGUGGGAGCCAUGGAGAUCAUGGAUGAGGUGCAGAUGCAGGUGAUCAACAGGGCUGGUGGUACAUCGAGAAGGUGGAAAGAGGUUCCAACCAUGUUCUUCAAGUUCUCUGGGACCAAGGCAGGGGUGCACGAGAAUAUCAACUUAGUCAAGGCCAUCGCCAAGAAACACAAGGGCGGGUCAUUCGAGUUCGCCGUCACCCCUAAAGAGCAGGACGAACUUUGGUCCGCCAGAAAGAGAUCGCUGUGGAGCAUGCUCCAAAUACGCACGGAUGAUGGUAGUGAAGUGUGGUCCACCGAUGUCGCAGUGCCGAUUUCGCGACUCCCAGACAUCAUAGAGGUAUCAAAGAAGGAGAUGGAUGAUCUCGGCCUCUUCGCAAGCAUCCUGGGCCAUAUCGGCGACGGCAACUUCCACGAGAGCAUCAUGUACAACAGCAAGAAUCCCCGGGAGAGAGCAGCAAUCGAGAAGUGCGUCAAGGACAUGGUCGACCGUGCCCUGGAGAUGGAAGGUACCUGCACAGGAGAGCACGGCAUCGGACUGGGGAAGAAGGACUCUCUCAUGAAGGAGCUGGGCGUCGAGACCAUUGAUGUGAUGAAGAGCAUCAAGAAGGCGUUGGAUCCGCAUUGGUUGAUGAAUCCUGGAAAGAUUAUGGAUUUCCCGGAGUGAGAGCUGUGGGAGGUUAUCGUAUCGUGAGUUGGUUACUUUGUACACAGUACUAGCGGUUCCGGGAGUCAUCGCAUCGGGAGGUACCAUUGAUUUUUCGACUGCAUCGGUAGCAUAAGCGAGACAGGAGAGUUUUAUAUCUGGCAUCUAGUGCAGCUGUCUCCAUCUACAAAAGUCAAUGGAGGAAUAUGGUUUCUAGGAACUACCCCUCUGCGUGUUCCUGUUGUUCCGAAAGCUUGAAUCAUGGCUACUAGUUGCGUGCAGUGCCAACCAGUGGAUUUCUACUUUUUACGUAUGCUCUUUUAUAAAAAUCCUAAUCCCUCUACUACAAAACGUCGUUUAGCUAAAGGGGAGGUCUGUGUUGUAGAGUUCUACAGUAGUGAGUCACGAAGUGGGAGGUGGCACCGACCCGAGAUCGGAAUUCGCCCAAUCUUUUUGACCUCCUGCACCCCACCAUAGGACAUCGUCAUACAGUUUUCUAUCCGCUCA